UUCUUCACACACCAGUCGCAUCUAUCUGUUUGUUCUUCCACAGCCCAACUAGAUACCUUCUAUCCAACUUCGGUCAUCUCAUUUAAUACUUCUGUUUGCAUUGUCAUUAUCUCCGCAGUUCAGUCUCUACCUUUUACUAGCGUGCAUUGCGUAGUACCAUAUUCCCGAGGGAAUGAUCAUUAAAGCGACGAUUGUUAUAAGCGUCUAAAUAAAUCUGUAAUUUAAACCAAGCUUUUGUAGUAGAAUAGAAACUAGGAAAUAGGAUUAUUCCUAGAUUUGUUGAAUUAGCAUAAUUGGAAACAACUCUAUUUAUUGGUAUAAUGAAGUAUUUACUUAAAUCUGUGGUGGUGCUGUGCUUCACAGGAUCACUAAUGGCUCAAUACCAAGAAGAGAUCGUUACAGUGACGACAUGUUGUGCAAAACCUCUAAACUCGAUGAACUCGAUGAACUCCAAGAACGAGACUUGGUGCGACGGGAUGUAUUCACAAAGCGAGAACAUUCAGUUCAAAUAUGGAUCUCUCGAGUGCGAAGACAUUGUCAAUGGAAGUUUCAAUGCUGGGAGCGUCUGGGAAGGCGAUGGCUUCUUUCCCAACUAUUUUCUGAAAUAUGAGGACGGCUUCUACUCCCCAAACGACUACUGCCUGCACAGUUUGAACGAGGAAAAAAUAGAAGUCAAGAUUUGCAAACCUCAAUGCGAAUCUGAUAAACUCUGUCUCCCUAAAUGCUGUAAUUUAUGGGAUGAUGUCUCAUUUACAAACAACACAGUCUACUGCGUGCCCAGUUUGGAAGAGAAAGUCUGGAAACCGGAAAUUCAUGAUAUCAACAAUUACUACAGCAAAGUUGAGUUAGUACCGUCCAAUGUACAUUUUUUUGUAAGCGACCCUUCCAAAACUGCAGAGUGUACAACAGUCCGAUUAAUCCAGUACCAACAUUUCGACUACAAGAUCUUGAAGAAUGGAGAAGUUGCAUGGACCAGCUCUGAUGUUUUGGAUUGGUAUCAAAUUCCCAAAGGUCGGUUCUGCGUGGAUCGAGAACUUUCAGAUGGGGACGAUGAUGAAGCAUCAGGAAGAAUCGUCCUUGUUGGAUGUCUGGAAGAUUUCAUUCCCAAAAUUAAUGACAGUCUGACGCUUGUCGACACCAUCAACUUUGUCUUGAUUCAAAUCUCUCUAGGAUUUUUGGCACUUACGCUGAUUAUCUAUGUCUUGUUACGAGGUCAUCAAAAUGUUCAUAGUUGGACCCAGUUUUCCUACUUUUUUGCUCUCUGGUCUAAUUUGUUACUCGCCAGCAUCAUUUACUACCAAACUUAUGAAGAUGCCAAUCUCAAAGUAGCAAACGAGGGUGCUGGUCAACCUCGAGGUCCACUGUGUUUCACGGCAUCUGUGGUUAGCACGUUUCUACACAACGCUACACUUACAACUAUGGUGGCCUUGGCUGUUGACGUAUUCUCCAUGUUCCACCAACUUUUAAACAACGGCGAGCAGAAAAUGUCAAAAACAGAGUUUCUCAAAAGACAAGCCUUAGCUUGGAUGGUGGCCCUGACAAUGACUUUGGUUGGACUUUCUUUAUACUUUAGCAAUGGUUCCAUGCACGCUCCUCCGUAUGGCUACACAAACUGCAAAGCUAAAUUUUGGCUUGCAGACGAAAUUUUGGAAGCAAUUUGUCACCUCGUCACAGCUUCCUUGUUCCUCGUCACCAUUUCCCGAAUCUGUCUCGUUCAUCUCAGGGGGAAGGAAGAGUUGGUGAAAAUCAAUGAACAGCGAAACUAUUCCAGAGCUUUGUCCCUGUUUUUCAAACUUCUUGUCGUAAUGGGGAUGGCCUGGGCUUCCAUUUUUCUCAGCUACGUUCUCGUAAAGUCUACAAUACCUACGAUCAAGUGGCUAUUCACGCUCAUGGAAUUUUCCGUCAGCUUGCAAGGAUUCGUUAUUUUUCUCAUGUUUGCCUUCAACAGGCAAACGUUAGAUUCUCUGGGUGAAAACUAUUCAAUUAUAAGGAAACUUUCUAACGCUUCAUCGACAUCCUCCGUACGACCAGAAGAAGUCGAAGCAGGGAAAGCUGUUGUUAAUAAUGUACCCAUCACGGCUAUCAUCGACCAAUUAGAAAAUCAUAGGACUAGUCAACCACAACCAACAACAUGAAAAUUGGAUUAGUUAAUAGUUAUGGUAUAAAGUUCAUGGGACCCUUAUUAUUUAUGCGCCAUGUAUCCACUGCAUAAUGUGGAAGUAUUAUAAAUGUACAUAAGUAUUUACUUAUCUCUCACUUCCUAUUAAAAGUACUAAAUAUUUAUUGUUUUUAGCUUAAAGUACAUGACUGAUUUUCCAUACAUAUCGCUUUCAGAAAUGAGCUAAAAUGUAAUGUUUUGUGAAUUUAAUGGAAAAUAAAGUCAUUUUAUAUUCAAAUAUA